CUGACGGUAAUGACACAAUCACCGCCAUUGACUGGCCUUCGCGUGCUCGAAUUCGCAGGUCUAGCUCCAGGACCAUUCGCAGGCCUUUUACUAGCCGACUGGGGCGCCUCUGUGCUUCGCAUCGACCGCGCAGUCCCAGCAGCCCACACUGCCAACCCACCACCGGCGACCUCUGACCUACUCACGCGUCACAAAUCCUCCAUAGCUGUGGAUAUUAAAUCUGCAGCUGGCAUCUCUCUCAUCCUCUCCUUGAUACCAAAUGUAGACAUACUCAUCGACCCUUUCCGUCCCGGCGUCCUCGANAAACUAGGUCUCUCGCCAGAAACCGUGUUGCUGAAAUUGAAUCCUCGUCUCAUUGUCGCACGCAUGACUGGUUUUCGCAGAGAUGGCAAGUAUGCAUCCAUGGCAGGCCACGAUAUCAAUUACCUCGCCGUCUCUGGCGUGCUAUCCCAACUCGGGCGUGCAAACUCUACUCCCACGCCUCCUGCCAAUUUGCUAGGUGAUUUUGGCGGCGGAGGCUUGGUUUGCUUUUUGGGUAUUGUGAUGGCGGUGUUGCAGAGACAGAAGACUGGGUUGGGGCAGGUUGUGGAAGCUAAUAUGGUAGAUGGAGCUGCGUAUUUGGGCGUUAUGCCUAGAUUUGCGAGAAAGACGGUUAUGUGGGAUAAACCACGAGGAGAGAAUUUGUUGGAUGGUGGGUGUCCUUAUUAUGAUACUUAUGAGUGUAGCGAUGGGGCAUUAGAACCCCAAUUCUUCGCUCAAUUACUAAAAGGCCUUGACAUCUCCCCAUCAUCCCUCUCAGGCCCCAGAGACGACCGCACAACCUGGCCCUCCCUCCGCCACCUCUUCACACAAUCCUUCGCCUCCAAACCCCGCGCCGAGUGGGAGAAAAUCUUCGACGGCACAGAUGCCUGUGUAACUCCCGUGCUCACCCAAGACGAGCUAGAAACUGACGGAUAUGAUCAACGGCCCAUUGUCACGCUCAAAGAUUCGCCGGGCAGAGCUAUCGCUGAAGGGGAUGCGGAUGCGAGGCCAGUGUGCCAAGGGCAGGGGAUUGGUGUUGAGGGUGAUGGGUGGAUGAGUAGAGGGUUAGCGGCGGGAGUGGGUGGGGAAGAGGUGUUGGGUAGAUGGAUGGGGUGGAAGAGNGGGAGGCAGUAUGAUGUUAUUGAUGGAGGGCUU